AGAUCCUACUCCACCUUGGCCUUAUCCAAACGUUGCGAGCUGCCAAGCGACUCCAACAGUCGAACUAGGUGGAGCAGUCGAGGUCGGCGCGAGCGAGCAACCAAUGGAGGGGAAGCUGUCAGAGGCGUCGAAGCGGGCGGCCCCGUCGCCCAUCCAGCAGCUCUCCCACCUCGCGCAGCGCGUCGGGGCCGUCAACCUCGCCGAGGGGUUCCCCGACUUCCCCGCGCCCGCCCACGUCAAGGCCGCCGCCGCCGCCGCCAUCGCCGCCGACCUCAACCAGUACAGGCAUGUGCAGGGAGUCUGCGACGUCCUCGCGGCGACCAUGAAACGGGACCACGGCUUCGAUGUCGACCCCCUCACGGACUUCGCCAUCUGCUGCGGGCAAUCCGAGGCCUUUGCCGCGGCAGUAUUUGCAAUUAUAGACCCAGGGGAUGAGGUUCUCCUCUUUGACCCGGCUUACGAAACGUAUCAAACAUGCAUUGAGCUGGCCCGGGGCGUCCCUGUGUAUGUGCCAUUGGAUCCACCUUCUUGGACACUGGAUGCGGAUAAAUUUCUGAAGUCGUUUACUAGUCGGACAAAGGCAGUGGUCUUAAAUAGCCCACAUAAUCCAACAGGAAAGGUCUUUAGCAAGGAGGAAUUGCUUAUUAUUUCUCAAGCUUGUCAGCAAAUGGACUGCUUUGCAAUAACUGACGAGGUUUAUGAGUAUAUUACUUAUGAUGAGAACAAGCAUAUCUCUCUGGCUUCUCUUCCAGGAAUGCAACAGAGGACAAUCAUCACAUCCUCACUGUCAAAAACAUACAGUGUAACUGGUUGGAGAAUUGGUUGGGCUUGUGCUGCAGCAAACAUAGCCACAGCAAUAAGAAAUAUCCAUGUCAAACUGACAGAUUCAGCUCCUGCACCAUUCCAAGAAGCUGCAUUGAUUGCGCUAACCAGCACACCAGACUACUAUGAGUCCCUUAAAAAAGACUAUGCAGAGAGAAGAGACUUCAUUCUUCAGUUACUGAAAAAUUAUGGUUUCCACAUUAGCUUCAAGCCACAAGGUUCAGUCUUUGUGUUUGCUGAGUUGCCCAAGUCCUGGCAAAUUUCCGACAUAGAUUUCGUGACGAACUUGAUUAACAAUGCUGGUGUGGCGGCAGUACCUGGUCGUGGCUUCUUCCACACAGAUGCUGACGACCAAAGUUACCAUCACCGUUAUGUGAGGUUUGCUUUUUGCAAGAGCGAUGAGACCCUCAAGGCUGCUGCCCAGAAGAUGAUGAAGCUGGUUAAAAGCAACGAAAAAGUGCCACAUGACACACAAAGCUUUUGCGUGUCCAAGAAAGGAAGGAAUGAACAUGUUACCAAGUAAAGAUGCUCGGAAACUACAGCCAAGGCAGUGUUGGAGCUGAUCCUAGCUCCCUUCUUCCACAUGGCUGCUUCACACAGUUUGCAUAAGAACACAUGAGGCAUGACUUUGGUGACGUGCUGUUUCACACAGCAAGCGUCUUUUCUCACUUUUAUUCCCUUGGUUCAAAGUAAAAAUGAUUACAGUGCUUAUAUAGGCUCACGCACCCACAAAGCCACCCUCCACACUUGCCUAACUAACUCCAUGCACUAACUAAUCGCUAGCUACAUUUGUGUAAUUUUCUGAUGGUAUAACUUUUGUGAUGUAAAACUUGUAUUACAUUCAUCGAAUUGGUGAUAUAAGGAUACACGUGGACCUUUCAAA